AUGUUCAAAAGUCGCGGAGAUAUUGUUUAUAAAUGUACAGUGAGGCUUUUAGAAGAUACAGAGAUAUUAGAAUGUGAAUUUCACCCAAGUUACAAGGGCAAAUUCUUGUUGGAGCAUGUAUGUCAACAGUUAAAUCUCACUGAGACUGAUUAUUUCGGACUGCGAUAUGUGGACGCUGGUGGUCAAAGGCAUUGGCUGCAUAUGGCAAAAUUAAUAUUGAAACAAGUUAAAGAUGCCUCACCAAUUCUAUUUAGUUUCCGAGUGAAGUUCUAUCCGCCAAAUCCUCUACUGCUAAAAGAAGACGUGACUAGGUUCCAGAUAUAUUUGCAGCUGAAAAGAGACCUACUACAUGGCAGGUUAUACUGCACGGCUAACGAGGCAGCUAUGUUAGGAGCACUCAUUAUACAAAUCGAGUUGGGAGACUAUGACCCUAACAUCCACGUUGGCAACUAUGUGACGGAGAUGAGGCUGCUACUUAGACAAACGGAUACUAUUGAGGCUAGGAUACAGGAGCUACAUAGAGAACCAGUAGAAGGUACCCCUGGCGGGAGUGGUGGCGUGAAGGGCAUGUCGACGCAGGAAGCUGAGCGCACGUUUGUAAAGAUCGCCUGCCAACUCGACACGUACGGCGUCGAUCCCCAUCCUGUCAAGGACCAUAGAGGUAACCAGCUGUACCUGGGCAUCAACCACAGUGGGAUCCUGACGUUCCAGGGCAGUCGGAAGACACACCACUUUAAAUGGUCCGAAGUGCACAAGAUCAACUUCGAGGGACGCAUGUUUAUUGUACAUCUUAAUUACCCAGAGAAGAAGCAUACAGUGGGUUUCAAAUGUCCGAACGGUCCCGCCUGCCGCCACGUGUGGUGCUGUGCCAUCGAACAAAUGCUGUUUUUUACGUUACCAUCAUCGUCGGACGCGUGUGUAUACUCGGGCGGCGGACUGUUCUCGUGGGGCACCAAGUUCAAGUACGUCGGCCGCACUGAGAGGGAAAUACUCGAGAGGGACGGACUACUCGCGCCUAGAGAUACUCAGAAGGAGGGUUCGAGUACAGGCGGUAAGAGGAAAGCGUCCAGUGUCCCCGCCACCCCGUCCACGCCGAUGACGGGAGACUUCGGUUACAGUAGUCUCCCCCGGUCGACACACAGCGCUCCACUAGAGGAGAGUGGGGCGGACGAGACUUGUAACGGAGCUUGUCUACUCAGUGGACCUGCUGUAGACAUCGCACUAGCUUGCACCGACCACCUGCGGACUGUUCAGGAGGAGGUCAAACCACCUGCGAUUCCAUCGGAGUACAGUCUUCGCGACUCUUUUGAGCAUUCAUCAUCGGAGUCGGGAGUGACAUCAGGAGGUUUGGUGCCAGGAGGUAGCACGGAGCCAGGGUGGAGACCGGCGGGGGGCGCAGGGUGGAGAGCGCUAAGUGCAGUGCGGGCCUUCGCGGCAUGUUUCCUAGUAGUAUGGCUGGCACUAGCCCUGCUGGCGCUGCUCCUGUUCGAGACGGAGCUGUCGGGGCUGCACGCGCUGCGGCGCGCGCCCGAGCUGGUGGCCCUCCGCCGCCAUUACUACACGCCCCUCAAACACUACUUCAAGCGCAAGGUCGUCGACCUCUUCUGA